CAUUCACGAAGAAAGACAAGGUUCUCAUCCACCCAGGCGGUGGUAAAAUUUAGAGCAAUUUUCUUUCCAUUUCGUCAUUAGAUUAACAAACAGAACCGUCCUACUACGCUAAUCUAUUUGCCUUUGUACGAUUCUCACAGGAAUUGGUCCGUUCAGUCCUCGAAAAUGUACGUUUGUUUAUCAUGUUCAUUUCUUUCGAUUUGUGUUUGUUUCAUCUAGUAAACCGAUAAAAGCUUUACAUGGAUAUUCAAAUCGAUUUGGCCAUUGUAAACGUACUAUGUGCCCUGUAAUUAAGCUUUCAUACAUUUUUGUUCGUUAAAUCUUGGACGAAAUUUAAUAGCUGAGAAACGAAACGACCCAAUGCUACAUUUACGAACCGCGUUUUGAGAAAGGUUGUCGUGUGGUAAUAUAAAUUUCUUCCUUUCUUUAACUUUGUUUUGUAGAGAAAUACAAGCUUACAUAACUUGAAAAAGAUGCGGAAGUGUUUGUUGGAGACCAAGGGAUCGAUUGUUGUUGUCAUUCCAUGUUGUAUUUGUUCUCCGCGAGUCGUAGACGGUAAGCAAUUGAUGAUGUAAACUUCAAUACUUCGAGCUAAAAUAUAACUUAAACUAAGCUUAUUUAGGUAGUUUCUCGGUCAUUUAUCCAUACUUUCGUAGCUCAGGUUUUAUACCUUUAUUUAGGGAAAAUUGAUUGAUUGAUAGAAGUAAGAAAUAUUUCCUUUUUUGAACGAAUAUUACGGGGAUUUCUUUACUCUAGCUUCCUUUUCUGUGUCACGAGUUUCCUGUUAAAAAGUUGAUCUUUGAGAAUCGAAACCGGUUGUUAUCAAGGUAAGAACAGGCAACGUGGGUGUCCCAGGGGGUAUAUCUCACAUACAUAAGUGAUUGCCUUUAUCAAUGCACUGGUUCGCGUCUUUUUUACUUCAUCAUUUAGUGGUACUAUUUAUCAAAUAAGCGUCUCGGACAAUCGAGAAGAUGAUAUUGUUACUAUAUCAAGGUAAACACAUUGGCUCGGCUCAUAAAUUCUCUUACCUAAGAGCAAAUCCAUUGAUCUGCCACCCUGAAAUUAUCAUAUUAUUAUUUCCCCAACUACGUUAAUUACUUGUUUUAAGAUAUCAAGUUAAUUUGAGAAACCUUAAGUUUUUAAGGCUGGUUUUAACACGCUUCAUAAUUGCAUGUUUUGUAGCAAAAAAUAAACCCUUUCAAUGUAAGGAAGUGCAAACGCUAUUAUUAUUUAAUUAUUAAUUAUUCCAGUAGCUUUACAUUUGUAAUAUUGUCCAUCUCUUGAUCUCUACCAGUAGUGAAUUUGUUGUGAGUUUUCCUUACCAUAAGUAAGCCCCUUUGAAAGAAAAGAAGGGUUAAAUACCAAUGAUAUACAGUAUAAAAAUUAAUAUUACUUUCAGAAGCUUUCUCUGUUGCUUGUUCAGCUAACUUCCUGUUAAAAAGGGAUGGAUCGAUAAAUUUUAUGUGAAUUUGUCUUUUUUGAAUUGUAAUGAGUCUGUUAUAUUAUUUUAUUUUUUAAAAGAUAAUAUAUAUUCGAAAUAAUCUAGUGUCUGCACUUGGCCGUUUAUUAUAUUGUUGAAUCAAGUACAAAAAUGUAGUGCAAUUCAAUACAAAUUUAGCCCCUAAAUAUCUAAAGGAUUAAGAACAAAGGCUUCAAUUCCCCUUUGUAUUUAACCAACACCAAUAUUCUAACAUAUUUUUUUUAUUACAGAUAGUAAACCUUAUAAACAUGUGAACUGGUAACGCCACUGUAAAUAUUUGUUGUGUGAAAAUCAACAACUUUAAAACUAAUAACCAAUUAUGACUACUACACAUAUAUUAUAUGAUAAAUGAUACUUAAAUCAGUGUUUCAUGAGAGAUCAACCAUUUUUUGUCUUCUGUAAGAUCUCAGUUGUUAAUUAAAAACAAAAACUGGAUGAAGUGUUCUCAUUUGACUCAUUGAUCAAUAUUAAAGUAAAAAUUAAAGUGAAUAAUGAGAUGGUUGUCAUAGUUACCAGGAUAAAAAUUAAAGCAACCAGCCUUCUAAUGAUGGGCACAAUUUUGUGCAGCGCAGAUAUAAAUACCAGUAACAAAAUUAUAAAAGAGUGGAAAUCCACAAGUUAUUGGGAAGUAUGUUUAGGAAGUCUAUUUAUGCAGCUUUGGUAAUAUGUAAAUCUACCUGAUAUUUUACCAUCAUUACUGAUUGAAGGUUUACAAAGAGUUUAGAUUUGUAUAGGUAAUAGCAGGAUUUGUAGUGAUAUUUGGCAUAAAUACCACGAAUGAUAUUUCGAAAUUGUUAUACGUAAUUUCACGAGUCGUUAGGCGAGUGAAAUUUGAGACAAUUUUGAAAUAUCACGAGUGGUAUUUAUGCCAAAUAUCACGUACAAAUCAUGCUAUUAUUUGUUUAUACUACUACCCACAAAGGUUUUGUAAUUUUCACAUGUAGGUAUUUCAAAUUAAGCUGAAAUACCACUGCUCUAAGCCAAUCAAAUUGCAGAAAUUUCUCAUGUAGUAGUAUAAUGUUAGGAACACCAUUGCCUUCUCAAAAUCAACAGAUUGCUGGUUCUACCAGCCAAUCCCUUCAGGCUAUGAAUUCCUCUAUCCAGCUUGUGUACUAUUUUCCACAGUCUAGCAAUCCUCUGAGUACUGUACUUUUAGAAUAUUUUGAGAAGCCUUUUGUUUUAUAUAAGGCCAGUUUCAGUUUAAAAAUGCAAUCUUGUUAAGGACAUUUAGUUGUCUGGGUGCUGUCGCCUCAGGGAUGGGUGCUAACCAGACUGGAACUCAAAUAAAAUAUUGGCAUAAUUUAGCUGCUGUGGCAUCAAAUGAAAUGAUUAACAAGUCUUUUACAAUAUUAGUACCUAAAGUUUCAUUCUUUUUGUCUGUUUUAACGUUGUACUGUGGCUUUAUGAUGACACUGAAUAUCAUUUUUAUUUUUCUUGAUAUACUUUUUUACUUGUUUAAUCUAUACAGAAAUUAAACAACUUAAUUCUAAUUCUAAUUGUGUAAUCUGCAGACGUGCAGCAGACGUGCAGAUGUGCAUGUACUAAUGUUAAAAAUAGUUAUAGUGCCAGUAUUAAGUUAAAAAAAAAAAAAAAAAGCGUCACCAUUUUUCAAGAUGGCAUCUGACGGCCUUUUUGAAAACCUCCACUGACUGCAUUAUUUGGUGAGGAGUUCCAGUCUCUGAUUGUAGGAGUGUCUGUGAUGAAUCAGUUUGAAGCUCAAAUAAAUGAAAAAUCUUUGACUUAGAGACCAUGUUAGACUGAGAGCACUACAGAACAGUCUCUCUUUUUCUUCAGAUUUAAUGAGGGGAAAGCACAAGCACACAACAAAAUAGUCUUAGACAACAUAGUCUAAGACCAUAUGCCAAGAGGGAACAAUCCCCUUGUACCUCUUUUUUUUAAAUACACGUAGAGAAAGGAACUUGCUGAUCUGAUUUCUGGUCUACAUGUAUGUGUAGGAAGCAAAUAAAUUUCUUGUUCUCGCUUGUUUUGUUUUCUGCCCCCCCCCCUCCCCCCAAUUUUUUUUUGUUGGGCGUUUAGUAGGCCUCAUUCGGUGGGAAAAACGUCCGCGAACUAACCGAGGGUCGUGAUCGAAAUUAUUGGAAAGGAAUUUAGCCCAGGCGGGUAGUGGAACAAGAUUUUUAGAGGAAUGUUUUGGUCAAUUUUAGAUGGCUUAUAGCGUUUUUCUCUGACCGUUUUGGCUGAAUCAUGCUCGUUUUGGGUAUGGUUGGAAAAAAAUGAGAUCUCUUCUCUCCUGCACAAGUUGGUGUCAAAGUUGUCCAAGACCAUUAGAACUGAUGACAUCAGAAGUGAUGCAUGCAAGGCUGUGCUCUAAGGAAAAUUGAAGGGAGUCCAGUGCUCUGAAACUGUAAAUAUGAUUUGUAUGAAAAUAGUAAGAUUUUCUUUUCGCGCAAGAGGAAAAGUUGGGCGCCAGGGGCCAGUUGGCUCUGCUAGAGUACACCCUUGGGUGCAAAUUAUCCGCCCUGGGUGCAAAGGAAAAGGAUCCACUCGGCAGUUACAAAUUAUACGUCAUUUUUGAAUACGUCGCUUUCCAGUCCGAUCCAGGGGCCCGAACCUCCAAAUUCCUUGUUACUUUUCGGUCUCGGAGACGGACGUUUGUGAGUUUCAAUCUCUGUCCAUUCUUGUCAUCUGUAGCAACGGACAAUAUCAAACAGUUUCAAUGCCUAAUUAUAGUCUUCAAUAACAAAACUGGACCAUUAUUUUUAGAAUUCAACUGAUUCGAAGACACAUGUUAGCUUUUCAAAAAAGAUUUAAAAUAGCGUGACAUCAGACCCAAAUCGUAGACAUGUUUGGAUUCACAAGCUGUGGGAACAGAAAGGUAUUAUGAUACUCAACUCAUGGGACCAAAACACACCUACGCACUUACAUAAACAAGCAACAAAUGCUCAAGGCCAGGAAAGGCCCCAAGUAUGUCUAAAAAUAAAUUACGAUCAAGCUUAUAAGACAUCCGUUUGCAGAUGCUGUUACUUUAGAACUUAUAAAGUACAUGUGUGGUCUUAUCCAAACGUCAAAAUGACUCUUGACUACAAGUUUAACAAGAGAGCUGUACAAGUACAAACUACAAUACACCUAGAUCAACAAUUAUUAAAAAAAGGUUUUCAGGUACAUGGCAUAUUGAAUAGUGAAUACGAAGGCGUUGUAACAGCAAACAAAAUAAAAAAAUGGUGCUAAAGUUGGGGACAUGAUGGCACCUCUGUAAGAAACCGGCUUAUAGAAUAGGCCACCCCUCCCCUACGAAUACGUUUUUUCUAUUGAGGGGUUGAGAUAAUAUCACGAGUGAUAUAUACAGACAGUGUUUUUUAAAGUGUGUAGAGCAAGAAAGUGCUGGCCAAGAAAGAAAAAAGAAUAAGUCGCAAGUUAUCGCACACAGCGAAAACCACAGCAGUUACUUGCGGACCCAACUUUAUGUGGAAUAUGAGAAAUAUGACUUAAAAUACGAGUUUUUGUUAAUUUUUAUACUGGAUAUUAGAGAUUGUUUUGAUAAAACUCGUUGUGGGCAGCUUGCCAUUCGAACAGUCCUUCUUUUCUACGUUUUAUGUCAGUUUAGCCACUGAAUUAUUUCAUACUAAAGGGUAAGAAGAAAUUUGGGAGAAUUCUGCAACAGAUUCUCCGGAAGUGAUAUUAAAGGAUUGUGUCUUUUCUCGUUGAAGAAAAAUAAGCCGUGGAAUUUUUUGUUUUAUUAAGGUAACCAUUUGCGGGAGGAGAAAGUGAACAAAAUGACCAAUUGUUAUGAAAAAUAGUCUGGAUGUUUGCAAAGAUAAUAUAAUUAUGUCUAUAAGCUUAGAAGACAAGUCUUGGACCUUCUGCAUUCUGUCAAAUACCUUGGUGUCUACCUAUCUGACGACCUCCGCUGAAACGAACAUAUCUAAACCAUUUCCAACAAGCUAACAAAACUCUUGGCUUUCCAAAGCGGAACUUAAUACAUUGCCCACCCAGGACUAAGGAAACAGCAUACAAGGCCCUAGUACGCCCAACUCUGGAAUACUGUUCAUCUAUGUGGGAUCCACCUACAGCUAAAAACACAAACAUGGUUGUGCACGCUGGGUUCUAAAUCGCUUCGACCGCAAAGCUGGUGUAACUGAAAUGCUUUCAACCCUGAAAUGACAGACACUAGCAAGUAGGCGAACCAUAGCACGCCUAUCUAUGCUGUAUAAAAUGCGUUACAGGCUAGUCUCUCACGAAGAUGCCAAACUACAAUCCGCAAUCGUACUCAACUCGCUCCAUAGAGUACUCUUACACACAGCCGACAGCCAUUAGGGAUUACUACAAGACAGUAUUCCUUCUACCCAACGACCAUUACUUAAUGGAAUAAACUCCCAAGGGAUAUAGCAUUGUCCAAUCCACUGGCUGCUUUUAAAAAUGCAAUUUCAAACAUUAAGGCCCGGUUCAGACGCCGCUCCACUCAUGUGCAGAACCUAACUGAUGAAUUAAGUACGGCAAAAGAGCGGCGUCUGAAUCAAUUUGGUACGACAGUUUUAGUUUGGUGCGGCAAAAGCGUUAAAUUCGACAGAGUCUGUCGAACUUAUUCAGUUAGGUUCGGCGCAUGAAAAGUACGGCGUCUGAACCAGGCCUAAUAUUAACACUUUUAUUACUCUGCGCUCACAAGCGCCAUUUCAGUCACUUUUGUUGUCGUUUUUUUUUUUUUUUUUUUUUACAGCAGUCAAAAACGCUCAGAAUUGAGUGACAGACCUUAAUGGUAAAUGUAAAUGUAAAUGUAAUUGAGGUUUUUGCAUUACAAAAAUACAUAUGUAGGCGUCUUAAAUAGGUCGAAACAUUUUGGAAAGCUAUUUUUAUACUGAUCCCUGAAUCUGUUGUCGUAGAACUACACUGAGAAAAAUGGAAUUUAAUUUGUCCGCCUUUGUGGUUUUAUCGCGGCUUUGCCCUUUUUAGUGAAAUGUCCGUGUUGAAUAAUUCAUGUACCUGUUGAAAAUGUGAAAGGAGACAUGUUUUGAAUUUGCUGUGUUAGAAUGCGUAUAUUGUCGGCUGUCGAAGAAUUAAACGAGAAGUGGUGUAGUAGGCGAUCACCGUGUAAAAGCGUGGACUGUAGACAACUUUCCAGUCGGCCCACAAGCCAGAGCGACCAAUAAUUGAACCGAAAAAUAAUUCGAGUCGUGUUGCGAGGAAAUUCACAGCAGUUAAAUAGAGGGAAGAGCUAAAUUGACAGGUAAUCAACUGUGUUCGCUUCAAUUCAUUGAGGUUUAUCGCAAGUGCAGUGCUCUUGAUCAUUUUUUUUCAGUCUUGAAAUCGUAUAGGGCAUUAGCUCGUUGUCUAAGCUCGACGAAGAAAGACAGGAUAUAAAUUAGAGUGUAGAAUUUUUUGUACAAAAAAUGGUGUCAUUCAUCUGCUAGUUCAUGUUAAACGAUAUAUUUGUUGAAAUAAUCAAUUCCUCGUUUUUUCGUCUAUUCAAGAGCACCAGAUUUAUAAAAUAAUCUUCUUCAUGUAAAACUUGAACAGUUGUAGUAGUUUAGGGUUAGAAUUUUUCUUUGCAUCCUUCAUGGGAUAUUUGCCGCACCUUUCGCGUUUGUUUCACUUGACGUCGUAAUUGACGGAUGGUUGCUAUGGAAACUAAUGACAUCUGCCGAUUCAGCGUUUAUAUUUGCGGCUUUAUAAAAUUCGCAGAGAGAUAAAUAGAUAAAUCGUUAUUGAAAAGUACAUUUCGCAGUAGUCGACUAAAUUACGAGCUUUUUACAGUGAAUAAUGAUCUAUAUAUCAAUGUAGUCAACGUACGUUAUCAAGUAAUAGUAAGUCUGACAAAUAGAAAGAGAAACACUAUUUUUUAGAGAAAAUAGCCGUGUAUACAUAAAAAUUAAUAAAACGCGAUGGCUACGUAAUGAUAAUGGAGUUCUUAAACCGAUCUGUUGUACAGAUAGGAGCUGGUAUAUAAAGAGUCUUUUUCUUCCAUUUCUUUCUUUUUAUCAUUUCUUGGUCGAUGUUACCCAACGAAGUGGAAGGGGCAGCCGGAAUUACGUUUGCUUGCAGUUGACAUGUAGCCAUGUUAAAGAGAAUUUGAUCUGUAUCUUUUAAACGGGUUUUUUCGCAUACCAUUUUGGUCAGAGCUCCGUGUGAAAGAAAGUAAUUUGGCCUGUUCAAAGAAAAAAGAAAGAACACAGUUCAAAACCUAUGCCACUUACACGAGCCUCUAAUAAACAAAUUACGCUAUGUACUUGUUAGUUGUGGUGCACAUGAACGCAAAACUUUCGUAGACGAAAAUAAUUCUCGUUUUCUCGUAUUUCACUUCUGUCUGUACUUUUUUUGUUCAUUGUGGUUUUGGAAACAGAAGGAACAACAGAAAAGAAACAAGUGGUGGCAAUGUUUUACAACAAUGUAGUUUCCUCGCAGGAUAAUGGGCUUGGAAAUACCCGCAUGGCGCGCGAGAAACGCUUUCGUUUCUUACAUUUCGCGUCCUCGUCACUUGUCAGCCCAUUAACUUUGACAGAUGCACACAUUCUACGGGAAAUUUGGCUUUAAAGUUCCAUGGGUAACAGAGGUGGUGGUUUUUUCUGCGCACGGAGGGAUAUUUCGUGGUCGUCCAAAGGCCAAAGCCACGAGCGGCGCGUGGGUCACUUUAAAGACCCUACUGAAAACGGAAGCCGCCCAUGAAACAGUGGCGGAUCCACACCUUCAGAUAUUUUGGUCGAAAAAUAAGGGGGGAGGGGCCGCCCCCCCUCCCCCCCCGGGGCCCCUCCCCUGGAUCCACCACUGUGAAAAGUCUAUUGCACUCAGGUGAACUAUGGGGGAAAUUAACUCACAGACGUUGUGUGAGAACUGAAACACUCAUCGUGGAUGUCAUUGUUAGGUUUGUCCUAGAAACCAGUUAAAUAAAUGAUCCAGGAAGUACAAGAGAGAAAGCGUAUUUAACACAAAGGUUGUGCGUAUUAAACGCAAAAAAUAGCCAUUGUAAUCUCGAUUGUGUACUCUUGUAAUUUCUAAAGUGGUCCUUUUAAUUGUCAGGUUUCUAAAUUGAUCAAGCCAAGUCCUGGUUUGCACCGGCUGUGUGUCUUACUGAAGGAUUGAAGUUUGUGACAGUGUUAAUCUAAAGCCUGUCCUUUAUACGUAUCAACCGUGAUUAAAGGUAUGUCUAUCUAACUGCUAGUUGUGAUAGGAAGCUAUGUUGUUUUGCAGGGCCGAAAACGUCACUACCAUGUUGAACGGCUUCGCGUGUUUUCAAAUUUCUUCGCGAUUAUUCCAACUCGCCUGAAAUGUCGCAUUUCCCUGGAAUUGAAUUGUUGGGGACCGAAACCAAGUUUAGGAGGCGAAAGAAAGAUUUUUCGUUAUAUAAAUAAGACGUUGCGUGAGAGAAUUUCAUUUCAAUUUUUUGGGUCGAAAAAGAAAAUAGACGAGCGUGGCCUGGGAAAGAAAAAAAAGGCGGGGGAGCCUGUAGACUUUGUUUUGAUGCCGCCCAUUCAUUAUAACCAGAUUCUGGUAUCAUGAUCUGAUUGGUCAGAUCGCUGACUGUUGACAAGUGAGUGAUAAAAAAUACCCACGUGCUCGUGAAUGCCAUUAGAAGUCGGUUGCCCGAGCAACAGCGCUUACGCAUGCUCUACUUGUCUCUCACUAUGUUUCAUAAGGAAAUAUAUGAAAAGUCGGCUCGUUUAGGGUAGCGCGGGUGGACGGGUUACCCCGGACAAUAGGUCAUUUCCGAGUUCCCCCAGACCUCUGUUUCAAAACGAGGGUAGGUGCUCAGCCUUUGAUAUAGAAAUCAUUUUUCAUUCUCAUGCAAAUAAAACUCAUUUUCACAAGAAAGGUUGUACACCUAGCCUCAUUUUGAAAGUGAGGGUUUUUGGAACUCGGAAGUGGCCUAUUUUUCUCCAUAUCCACGGGGUCUCCGACAUAAACAAUGGAACAGGGUCCUGGGGGUAAUGAACAGGUCAGGUCAAGUUGUUUUUCUUACUUUACUCCUGCGUAGCAGGCACCAGUUUUGUAGGGCGAAGGAAGAAAUCUCCCCUUCGCGUGUUCCCCUCGCGCGGCCAGUAAUAAAAUAAUUACGGGCGCCUGCUACGCGGGCUGUUCUUACUUUUGAUGCAACGUGAAACUGAUUCUAAUUAUUCUGGAAUACUCUCCUGAAAACGAACCUAGAUUCUCUCAAAUAAAUGCUUCGACCUCAGCAGGUUUAAUAGACUUAAUAUCUAAACAAAUCUGAAACCAGAAUCAGAGACGUAGCGGAACUUUCCACGCUCGACCCAGAUAAAAAAUGAAAGUUUUCGCGUGGAAAAUCGAACGGCCGAUCACAUAUUCCGAAUUUAUUGCUGACAGUUUAGGGAAUGUUGCGUUUAUGAAGUCACGUGAACGUUAGCCAAGUGGAUUAAUUUGCAUUAGAGUUCCUCGUUUAUUCUUGUGAUAACGAACUGUGAAAACUGCGCAUCAGUGUCCGAGUAGUUUGAGGUAGGUUCUUGCAGUGGGUCAUAAUUCCUAACUGUUUUUGAAAAGUGUUUGCACAAGAACUGGGUUGUGUUUAUAUCACAACUCUUGCGUAUUGUUUUGGUUUAUGGUGAGUUUUAGUAGUCGACCAAUAUUUAAUUUUCUACUAUGUGAAAACACUUUCUGAUGUUUUCUAUAAACAACUCACUCUCCUCCCUUCCCUUCAAUUAUUAAAAUACAGUACAUACAUUAGGACUUAGAAGAGUAUUCUUUCAAGCAAUGAACUUUGUGAGUUGUGCUUAGAAAGUGUUUAUUAAUUACCAGGCUGUAGUCACGAUCCGUUAACUCAUUAUAAAACACAAAUCUUUUUCACUACAUUUUCCGUUUUCCCUCAGGGUUUUGUUCUCAAGAGAAAAAAAAUGAACAAAAUAAACAUCUUCAGAGUUAUUCAAACCACCAGGAAUCAUUCAAAUUAUCGACAAUUUGAGAGUGUAUUUAUGAGAAUUGUCAUCUCGUCUGUUUUUAUUGUUUAUGACCGUUGCCACAUUUAAAUAUCACAGCGCCCGAAAAACUAAUGAACUGAGGCGAACACAAGGAAGGUUAACAUCUAUGGCUUUUGUCACGUUUUUUCCCCCUACAUGUCGAGUUUAACAAUUGUUAUAAAUGAACUCGACAUUUGUGCUGUAAGAUCGUAUUAGUUAGUGUACAAAUAGGCUUACAGUCGUUUAAAUGCGUGGGAGGAGGCAAACAUUUGUUUCGGUUUAAUACGAAUACAACAGUGCGUAGUUUCUAGAAUUUUGCCUGUGGUGUAAAUUAAAUUGGAACAGGAAGAGAGAGAGAGAAAUUAAGAAGGAAACUUUUCAAAAUUUUCGGUUUGCUCAGAAAUACAAGAAUUGUACUUAAAAACGGCCAAACAAACAGCCUUUAAAGCGUCGGUUUUACUAAGAAAAACGUCUGUAAGUUCUUCUCAUGGUUUCAGUCCCAUGUCUAUCCGUAAAGACUUUAAGGCAGAUCAGCAAUUUAUCAAACAGCAUGUCAUGCUGGGAUAAUCAUCUUGAGAGUUCAGGAUAUACUUGUUCACCUGGUGGUUUACUUAUAAUAUUGGUUUGUCGAAGAGAUGUGAUAAGUUCAACUACCUUUGUUUUUUCCCUCCUUAGUUAAAAGCAUAAUCCUGAAAAUGUACCAUUCAAAGGCGGCUGCCUUUUUUAAGGCAAUAUUGAGGUCUACUCAGGUCACCAGGUUAAUCGUAUUUUUCUCCCUUUAUUCAAAGGGCUUUUGCCUUAGGAAAAUAUUGAGUUUAUAUCAAUAUUUUGCAUGUGUUGUAGGGGUCAUACAAUAGGUGUAAAGCUUGGUUUCCCUUUUGAGCAUAGUCUCAUUCAAAAAAAAUGAAAAAGAAAAGAAAAAAGAAAGAAAGAAACGGAAGAAAAAAGGAAAAGAAAGAAAGAAAAAGUUUCUGCUACAUCACCAAGGUCAUUUUACUCGCGUUUCUUGCAUAAAUCGCGUUCGGUGAGUAAAACUGUGGCCAUAUUUUAUUAUUUCAUCCUGAUUAAUAUCGGGGUUUUUGUUUGCACUUUAUUGAAAUGCUACACGCCUUGUAGUAUGUAAAUGUAGUCGAAACCCGGUAACUCGAACCCUCUAUAACUCGAACCUUCCACUAACUCGAAGCAAUUUAUAUUUCCCUUCAGAUCGUUUUCUGUAUAAUUUUACCCACAAUAACUCGAACUCCCGAUAACUCGAACUUUUUUCUAUUUCCCUUGAAGGUUCGAAUUAUCGGGAGUCAACUGUAUGUAAAGUUGGUAGCUUGAAUAUGAACAAAUCUCCAACAACAAAAAUUUGUUUUUUUUAUAUAUCUAUUGGGCGUGUUACGGUUUGUCAUUAGCCGGUAUAAUUUGAUAAAUUGCGAAUGAAUAUAUGAAUGAAUCAAUAUUACUAAACGAACAAACGAAACAUCUGCUUUAAAACUUCAAGUCCGUCGUAUUCUUAUCGACUAAUAGAUUUUUCCUUCGAGCAGAUGUAAAUUCGUUUCCUCCUGUCCGGCCACCCUGCACUAUUUCCUUUUUGCUGAUAUUUUUGUUAGCCAGGGAACGUAUUUUUUCUUAAAAAGAAGACAUUAUUAACAAAUGUCACAGCUUUGAAGGAGACGUUUGCAAACAGACAACGAGGAGUCGGCAACACAUAACUAAACUUCCAAAUUCGGCGUUGAGAAAUUAAAAUUAUCCCGUACAAGAGAGAAUGAGCUCAUUUUCUCUUUUCUCAUAUGAUUCUACGCAACAGAUUUGGUUUAUCAUCUAAACAGUAAAAAUCUUUCCUGACAAUUCGAACGCUAUCGAUUUAACUUAAGUGAAGAAAGAACAGCGAACUUAUCGAUCUUGGCGAUGACUAGAAACCAGCUUUAAGAGAUUUGUAGGCCUUCUCAGCGUUUCGUUGUUGUAACACACACUGUUGUUUUUCCUUAUCGUCCCUGUGGUCGUUAAACUUUUUUUUUCAGUGUCGAUAGCAAUUAUAUCCUCGUAUCCCGCCGCCAUAUUGGAAGGGAACUUUAGCAUCUAAUAUGGCAACGGCAGCGAAAGCGUCAGUCAAAAAGUGAAUUCUCGCUGCUUCAAACUUCUUUGUUCUUACUCCAUCUUGUUCAAUUUGUCAAACGUGUAGAAUUUUUAUGGAGUUGAUUCUAAAGAACUGUAUCUAAGUCAAUGCACAAAAAAGAAAAAUUAAAUCGUUUUCUCGGGUUCACGUCCCUCAUAAACGCGAAAUUAGGAAGUUUCACAUCGUUGUCGUUCAACAACUGCAAAGAAAUGUACAGAAAAGUGCGAAGUUGUUGUUUUGUUAAUCUAAACCUAGUGUUUUUUUUUCGUUCUGUUGCCGUCGCCGUACUCGUUGCUAAAGGUCCCUAAUGACGCAUUACCACGUUCAAAUUGAUGAAACCAAUCUUCCAGCCUCGUCUCCAAGCCAGUUCGCACUAUCAGAGUUUGCGAAGGAGGCUUGGAACUGAGCGCAAGUCCUGAAUACGCCCGGUAAGAAUACGCCCUAUGUAGCUAGUCAUUCACGUGGUCCCCCCCUCCCAAAGCCUGCGACUGCGGUUGGCUUUUGUGAAUACGGCAAGAUCUUGUUUGUGAUUGGCUAAAAUUGAUGGAAGGUUUAUCAAGACGUUCGGCACUGAAAUGUGUUCGGCAGAUGUAGUUUGAAAAUGCCAACGUUUAAACGUAGUUUGCAAGGGAGAGUGCAGAACAAUAACACUAGCCCCAAGUAAAGGGAAUGGCAGUUUUUAACUAUAUGAGACUUGAAAAGUCACAUUUGAAUCUGUGAUGUCGUAAAAAGUUUGAAAUACUUGGAACGUUCGACCGCAAAUUGUUACAAUGAAAAUCGUACAGUUUAUAACAUUUUCUCGCGGAAAAGCAAAUAUUUUCGUGAACGGCGAACUUAAAUUAUUUUUGUAAUCUGCAUUUUCAAGAUCUUUGUAGUCUUAAGAUGUUGUUUUUCCUUAUCUAUCUAAUUUUAGAAAAGAACUUUGUGGUGAUGCAAUCAGUGUGUGAUAAUGAUAUUGUGGCUCUGCGCAAAGUAUAAAUUAAUUCUAACGGGUAAAACUCAGCGGCUAACGUUAUGAAAACUCUAAAAUGGCGAGCAAUCUUUUCAAAAAACAGUAUUGGUUUUAAGUUUCGCUCCUACUUUUUCAUUCAGACAUGACUGUGAAUCAGCUUCGUUAAUGGUCAGUGUGUUGUUAUCGUUACUGCGGCUUACCCACUGUUUUUAAUUCUUUCCCGCACUUCGGGAAAGCAGUUUUGGUUGCCACAGCUUCUAUUGUUCAGGACUGUUGUUAAAUCUGCUGUAGUUUGUCAGCUUUCUAUUAUAAACUCGCUUGCUGUGGUGACAACAUGGUCCAGGUAUGCGAAUUACACUCGAGAAGUUAAAAGACUGAAUGUUCGCGAAGGUAAGAGGAAACAUUUCUCUUAAGAUCUGCGAAGUUAGGUUAAUGUCUGAGGCAGAGAUAUAUUUAGUAGAAUAGCUCGAAGUGAAGCCAAAAUUUCAGCAAAACGCGCGUGAUAAUCGCCGCAGCUGUUUGUUAUGGCGAUAAACUGCUAAAAAUAAUAAUUCAGUUUAUUUUUCUGUCAUUCAAAUCCUAAUAUUUUUUAUUAAAGAAAGAUACUGAAAUAAAUGUAUAUGGGCCAAAAACCUGUAUCGGGUCAUAGAUCGCAUAUUUCCAAAGUUUUUUUUUUCCUUGAUGUCUCUUUCAUGUUUCCCGUUAUCCAAAUCAUCAGCACUUAUUUCUUUUGCCGUAGAACAAAUCAAAAUUAAGCGUGCUAAUUUACGGCCUUUUUUGGUUAACAGACUGGACUGGUCUGCCAACGGUUGUUUUUCAAAUCUCUUCCUUAGUUUUCAUUACGUAAAUGUAUAUUUCCUAGUUUAUUUCAUUCCUUCGUUAUUGUUUGUUUUAUACCGGUCAAUCGGGCAUGUACCAUCAUAUUAUCAUUCUUUAUUUCUCAGAUAUCCUUUAGCUCCAGAAAAAUGUGCGUUGUGACGACUUUUAUAAAUGCUAAGCCAUUAAAACAAAAGAGUAAGUUUGCGCUAGGGCUUGCAGCGGCCAUUAAAACUGAUCAAACAUAUUAUCUUCAGAACUGAAGCUUCUCCGAAGGAAAAUAUACAGAAAGAAAAAUGUUGGGAAAUUCAUUGUGUGUAUGAAGUCUUAAUGUGUCAUAAGUUCUCUUGUCUUCAUGCGAGGUUGACGGGUAAAAUCUUUUACAUAUUGUGGUCAGGCUUACAGAGCUCUGAACUUAGCUCAGUCCAUUCCUCGUGGAACUACUGUAGUUAUCAUGAAAACUUUGCCAGCACUGCAGUAGCUUAUUAUUAUUAUUUUUAUUUUUGCCAGUAAUUAAUUCUCGAAUAUGCAACUGAACUAUUGAACUACCGGUAUGGCUUCAUGUUGUUGGACAGUUCACUCUCUCUCUCUGUUUUUCUUUUUCUAUUUUUUUUUUUUUUUCAAAACAAGUCCGCUAGUGUCCCUGCUGGAACACAUGAUUUCUCGUAAUGAUACUUCAACUUCACUAGUUUUGGAUCGCAGAACAGGAAUUAUAAAAUUAUAAAUCAAAUUACCCAAAAACGUUAUCAUUUAUUGGCACUUCCGUUAUCCCCCAGUCGCCUCUGAUCUAGCGAAUGCAAUUUCUUGAGUGGCAGACGUCAGUUUCAUUUUUUUUUCUGUAUUUUUUUUUUCAUACUCACCUUUUUAACCCUUUAAGCCCUAAGUGUGAUCAGCAUCAAAUUUCUCCUUGUAAUAUCAAUUCUUUCUAAAACAGAGAGGUCAUGAGAAUUACGGACAUGACCACACAAGAUGAAUGUGCUUGAUAUUUUAUCAACUUCUCCACAUUACUUCUGUAGAAAAUGAAUAGGGGCAACAAAUGAGAAUUCAAAUUUUGAUCCUAGGGUUUAAAGGGUUAAUAGAGAGGAUAACGCUAAUUAUGACUCAUCCAGAAAUCUGCGAUUUGUUCUGUUUUUAUUGUAUUAAGCAUCGCCUGGUGAGUUCGUCAGUGUACAAAACGAAAGUUCAUUACCUACUGAACUUCCUAACUAGCGAUUAUUAUAUUCCAGUACAGUCCCCUCUUUAACCUUUGGUGUUCUUAUACACAGUAAUUUUCAAGAAGUUAUAAUAACUCCUAUAGUUAGGUUAAUUUAACUCCUUACAGUGUAGUUAUUUUUGGGGGGAGUUAUUUUAACUCCAAAAAAGGAGUUUAAAGAACUCUCUUUCAGGAGUAAAAGUCACCACAGAUAUUGAGGAGUUAAAAUAAUCCCCAAAAAGGAGUUAUCCUGUACCUAAAAUUUUACUUUCAGAGUUAAAGUAACUCCAAAAAGAUUAAAAACAACCCAUGUAAGGAGUAAAAAUAACCCCAUUUUCGGAGUUAUUUUAACUCCAGAAUGGGAGUUAAAAGAACUCUUUUUCAGGAGUAAGAACGACCCUAAAUUUGGAGUUAAAUUAGGAGUUAAAGUAACCCCAUAAAAGGGUUUAUGCUGUACCUAAAAUUUUAACUCCAUUUUUGGAAUUAAAAUAACUCCCUAGAAAUUACUGUGUAACGCGCAAAGGGAUUAUACGGUAACAGUUAAAUAAUAGUUUAAAUAAUUAUGCUCCCUGGCUUACACCAGAGAUAAAAAGGAUGAUGUUUGAGAGGGACAAACUGAAAAGGGCUGCAAUUAUCAACAAUUCAGAUGCUCUUUGGACCGAGUAUAAGAUUGCUCGAAACAAUGUAAAUGCUAAUAUCAGGAAAGCAAAAACUAACUACUAUAAAAGGUAUUUCGAAACAAAUCUAGGGGAUAUUAAGAAAUCAUGGAAAGGAGUAAACUCAAUAUUGGGCCGAAAUUUACCAACAACUGAAAUAAAUAGAAUAGAUGUUGGAGAUAACUCAAGUACUACCCCAUUAGAAAUCUCUAAUGCUCUUAAUUAUCACUUUACUCACAUUGGGCCUAGGUUAGCCGAUAAUAUUCCCAAAACUAGUGUUUGUUUUGAGGACUACAUUACGCCAUCAAAUUCUAGUUUUACCCUGAACGAGACUCACUGCGGUGUUGUUCACCGUUUAGUGAGUUCGCUUCGAGUCGACAAGGCUACAGGCCUAGAUGGUAUUUCUGCAAGGCUUUUGAAAGAAGCUUGUCCUGAAAUCGUGCCUUCUCUCACCCAUAUAAUUAACCUAUCCAUUAGGUGUGGGUAUUUUCCAGACGAGUGGAAAAUUUCCAAAGUAUUACCUUUAUAUAAGGAGGAUAUUAAGUCUGAUCCUAAUAACUAUAGACCUAUAUCUAUUCUACCAGUUGUCAGUAAAAUAAUCGAAAAGGUUAUCUUCAAACAACUUUAUGAGUACCUAACUCACAAUAAUUUGCUGACAGUUUCUCAGCAUGGCUUCAGACCGAUGCAUUCUACUUUGACUGCCUUGCUUGAAGCUACUAACAACUGGUACUUAAAUAUUGAUGAUGGCCUAAUUAACAGUGUACUCUUUCUGGAUCUUAAGAAAGCCUUUGAUACGGUUGACCACAGCAUAUUGUUAAAAAAACUGCAACUUUAUGGUCUCGACCCGCAUGCAGUUCAGUGGUUCAAAUCAUACCUAUCAAAUCGCUUUCAGAGUACUUAUGUAAAUGGAACUCUAUCAGACUAUCUUCCUGUUAGUUAUGGGGUCCCACAAGGUUCUGUACUUGGACCCUUGUUGUUUCUCAUUUAUAUAAAUGACCUACAAGAAUGCGAGCUGUCAUCAUCUGCACUCAUGUAUGCUGAUGACACCUCGCUUACCCUUUCCGCCUAUGACCCCGCAACUCUUGAAGAAAAGUUAAACAAAGACUUGGAUGAGGUUCAAAAGUGGCUGAAAUCCAAUAAACUCACAUUAAAUGUCAAAAAGACAAAAUAUAUGAUAAUUGGAAGCCACUACCGACUAAGGCAUUUAAAUGGUGACUUAAACGUUACUGUUAAUAGUCAACAAUUGACUCGGGUGACUAAUUAUAGGUAUCUGGGAAUAGAGGUUGACGAGGCAUUGGGGUGGCAAUCCCAUGUAGAUACCAUCUGUAAAAAGGUAUCUGCAGGUAUAGGGGCCUUAAAACGUAUUCGUUCCCUGGUGCCUCGCCAAACCCUACUGAAAAUGUAUGAUGCUUUAGUCGCUCCUUAUUUUGAUUAUUGCUCCGAAGUCUGGGGAUGUAUGGGAAAAGGUCUGUGUGACCGACUCCAGAGAUUGCAAAAUAGGGCUGGGAGAAUUAUAACAUUUAGUGAUUAUAAUACAAGAUCUGCGGAUAUCCUCCAAGACUUGAGAUGGGAUACCCUUGAGCAAAGACGCUCUAAACAGCUCGCAAUAAGUGUUUUUAAAUCUCUAAAUAACCUUUACCCUGAGAGUUUAAAGAACAUGUUUAAACCAACCUCUGGGGUUCAUUCCUACAACGUGCGAGGUGCCUCAAACAACAUUUUUGUACCAAGGCCCCGUACUGAAGCUGCUAAGAGGGCCUUUAGCUAUAGGGGAGCAGUCAUGUGGAAUGGCCUAGAAAAUGUGCUUAAAGACGAGAUAAAUCUCAACUCUUUCAAGUCUGCCCUAUCUCUGUCUUGAACCAGGGAUUGCCUUGAGGGAGUUGAGAUAGAAUUUUAUUUUAGUUAUUUAAUGUACCUUUAAGGUUGUUUGAUUUUUGUGUGAUUAAUUAUAGGAUAGAUUUUCUUAAUAUAUAGAUAUAUUUAAGCAUUAAUGUAGUUACUCUGAAAAUUUUGUUUUGUAAACGGCUCACUGGAAGAGCAUUUUUAAUGAAGUGAUACCGUUAAUAAAGCUUUGAUUGAUUGAUUGAUUAGUUCUCAAAAGAUCGCUUAUGUCAUCUUCAGUUCUAUUUUUAGCUGGUUUCCAUGAAAUCGCUUUGUUCGUGCAGAUCGCUGAACUAUUUCAGCGAUCCUAGCGUUCUCAUGGAGGCUAGCGGGAUGUAAUGAAGGUACAUUUGAUGUACUUUUGAGGUAAUCGUGUUCCCAGACCCCGCCCUAGAUCAGCAGCACAGCUUCAUUGGUGAUGAGAAGAGACGACAUCAUAGUUACGUACUGACAUUUUAUACUUUUACUUUCAUUUGUGUUCCCCACAGGGUCAUGCUUUCUUUCAUUAUCUGGGCAUUUAAACCGUAGUUUUUCUCAAUCUACUUAACAUGGAAGCGGAAGACGAGAAGCCAAACGAAAGGGAUCUUUUGUGUGGCUGGAGGUCAUUUCGACCGAAAGUUCUUCAGAAACUCAACACACCGAAAUGGUUUCUUGUGUUUCUUACAAUCUAUUCCUUCAUGCAAGGUAAGAACAAACGGUAAUAACCGGUUCAGCUUCUUGUCGAAUUCGCUACUUUCUAGACUAGUUCGCAUCACGGUCGCUACAAAUUACUUUCUGUAAACCACUGAAAAGAUUUCUUUAAUCCAACUAGAAAACUGAUAAAUCUUUUAAUAUAUUUCUCGUUCUCUUAAGCUUGCCCCUGUGAAAGUGAAAAUUGUGGACUUUGUUAAUAGGGAGUAAGCCCAGUAUGUAGUUAGCGAACUCGAACGAAGUGAAUUUGACAAGUAGCGAAACCAGUGUAAAGCGAACGAACUGCUGCUACAUUAAUCUGAGUUUACUUACGUCUACCUUAUUUGUCACAGAAAUGUUACUGCUCAAAAUCGGUGUUUAAUUUUAAAAUUUUGCUUAACUGUAUAUAUCUGCUUAACAAGUGGCGAAUAAAGUUCAUUCAUUCAUUCAUUCAGAAAGAACGCUGUUAAAAGUUAACGUGCGAGAACAUUUUCGAGUCAUUUAAUGAUGCGGGAACACUUUCCGCUUUUUCUUAGAAAUUUCCGAAAGAUCGAAACAUCACUGUUUUUGUUUUGAUUUGUGUUUUUUUCCCCUGUUAUCCCGUGACUUGCGCGCGCUUGCCCUAUGACAUAUAGAAGAAAUCGACGCGCAAGGCAGUGUGCUUUAGGAAAUAAUAUAUAGAUUUAGCCAGGGCUAAAAGUGAAGCUUUCGUUAAUAUCUAUAGUUUACUAAACAAAAUACGAAAUCGUGCAACGGCAAGGGGCGAAGGCAACGAAAACAGCCCAAAAAAUCAGUAGGUCUAAUUAGCAAAAAACAACUUUUUUGUACAUUUCUUUGCCUUUGCUUUGCACGACUACAACGUGAAACUUCCAGAAACUUCCUUGUUACACGUUUUAUGGAGGAAAUGUUGUAGAUGUUCCCGUUCACUUUUUUUCGCUGCCGCUCAUUUUCACCAUGGUGGCAGCUAGCAUUCCCCUUUUUCUCAUUACCGCUAUAGAAUUUUUAUGUUUUUUUUCCAACGAAAUUGGUCUCCUUUUUUUUUUUUUAGCUCUUUGUCUGUUAUCCACGUCAAUGUAGAUAUUGAAAUCAAGUCGACAGAAAGAAUCAGCUUUUGUUGUUGUUGCUUUAUCUCUAAAAGGCCGGGAAGCUAUGCGAUUUACCGCCGAAACGGGUGGAUGCUUGAAAUGCAAACUUUCAUCCCGGCUUAUAUGAAGGGGUGGACGUACAUACGGACGUAUCCCGUACGGACGAUUUUCUCAAAACCAAAAUUUCUUAGAUGCAUAAACCUAUAAACUGCACUAAACCAGAAACUCAUAAGGGGUUGAACAACCUGUCAUGAGUUUCUGACUAAACCUAUUGUUGUUUUUGACGUUCUCGUUGCCGUCGCGUCGUGGGAUCGUAAGGGAAGAUCACCACAAAACACGCAAGUAAAAACCCUGUCACGUUCGUCACACACAAACGUUUUGCCGUCUUCUUCUUAGCUUUCUGGCCAAUAUCGACUUAAAAAAAGAAGGCAAACAAACGGACGAAGAAAGAAAGUGAAUUAGAAAUAGGAUCACUUUAAGAUGCAGAAAAAACGCCUCUCCCCUAACCCAAAAGUUUUGCUCUUAGUGAGUAACCUUGUCCCCAGGACCUUUCGCUAACAAAAUUGGAGGAACGGGAAAGCCCUGGGAACGAGGUUGCUGAGUGAGAAGUUAGUGUUAACGUUGGGUUGGGUGAGGGGCAGGUGGGCAGUUUGUUAGAUAAGCGAUUUGAAAUACAACGCGAUCUAGAAUUUCUGUUGUGUUAACGGUAGUUUCUUUUUCACAGGAAUGAUUGCAACUGGGCUUACAGCCGCGGGGCUCACCUCACUCGAAAAGAGAUUUAAACUUAGCAGCAAACAAUCCGGAAUGAUAAUAGCAGCCAACGAUGUAUCGGCCCUUCUUCUCAUUAUUUUCAUUAGCUACUUCGGAGGUCACAGAAACAAAGCCCGCUGGCUUGGCAUAGGAGCCCUCGUAACUAGCCUUGGAUGUCUUCUCUUCGCGCUUCCGCAUCUCCUUGUGGGAAAAUACACUCCUCUUGAGAUUCAAAGAACUGGACUCGGGGACACCUGUUUGUUUAACACCACUGGAACUCCGAGCGGUGUCGAGAAAUGUACCGAGGCGAAAGGGUACACGGCGUGGAAGUACAUGUUAGUGUUUGUAGGUGCCAAGCUUCUUUUAGGUGCGGGGACCACGCCCUUGUUUACACUUGGUCCAGCCUACAUUGACGAAAAUGUGAGUCCUAAGGUGGCGCCCAUGUACCUUGGGGUGUGGUUCACGGCCACGUUUUUUGGUCCCGGCAUUGGUUAUGUGGCUGGAGGAUCGCUUCUUAACGUUUGGGUUGACCUUAUACAGGUAUGGCUAUUACAGAACUUAAAGUUCAAUACUCUCAUUUUCCGUUUGCAUCUAAAUUCAGUGAACUAGGCCGGGUUGUUCAAAGCGGGAUAAAGAUAACCCUGGAUUUAGCGCGAAAUUUGGAUUCAAAUCUGACCGCUUACGAUGCAGAAUUCUUUUUGCCUACAAUUUGACUUGUGGGUGCUGUGAAUGUCUAAGUGACAAGGAAAAUAAAGUUUUGCCCCAGGUUAUCGAUAAUCGGCCCUCCACUAACGGAGUCCCUCUGUGCAUUUCCAUAAUCCAAUUCAUCAAAAUACCACAGAAAAAUAUUGAUCGAGAGUAUUUUUAGGUAUUCCUUCUAUAGCAUAAAAAACGUCACCACAGUAAAGAUCUACCCAUCAGUUUUGUUUUGAACGAUCACACGUGGUGAAUGUAAUCUACAGACUUAAAGGUUAGGACACCAAUAUAAUAAACAACCCCACAGAACAGUGAGGCCACGUCCACACGAAUCCGGAUAUUUUUGAGACUGCAUAUUUUUUUCCGGCGUUAAACCAAUCUGAAGAGUGAAUUCAAAAAGAUGCGGUUUCAGAGAGCGGAUUGACCGGUUUCGUGUGGACAGGAGGUCAAUUCGUGUAUAAAAAGCCAUGCGGUUUCAAAAUAUCUGGGCCUAAUGAACGGGAGAAAUGGAUCAGUAUUGAAACUUCCUACCUAUACUCCCCCCCCCCCCUUAACCAAAGUUUUGUCCUAGGAGAGGGGUAGUUUGACAGUCACCUAGGGUCUUACACUGAUCUGGAAAGAUAAUGAAAUUCAAAUGAUUGAUAUUUUUAUCAGAAAAGUGGUAAAGACAAGAGAUUUUCUCAACGGUAUGUUUACUAAAACUUUAUCUUUAAACCUCAUCAAUUUUUUUUUGGUUUCCAGCCCCCUGGAGUUGACUUAACGCCGGAAGAUCCCCGCUGGAUCGGGGCCUGGUGGCUAGGAUACUUUUUCGGGGGUCUGCUGUUGUUGUGUACGUCUAUAGCCCUGCUAGGUUACCCUAAAGAGAUGCCGGGAGCCAGGGAACGAAGAAUGAAUGCAAUCAGAGAGGGUCUUCUACCUGCUCGCGAUGAACACAUUCAAGGUCGACUGAAGGACAUCUUACCGGCUACAAAAGCUAUUCUAACUAACAAGACAUUCAUGUUUAACACCUGUGCAUUUUGCUGUACUACACUCAUCGCCACGGGUCUCGGACCUUUCGUCUCCAAGUUCAUACAGUCACAAUUCGGCAAGUCAUCUUCAACGGCCGGUAUGUAUGAGCAAUUACAGUGUUUUAGAAUUUUAGGUUUGGACUAAGGAGCUGUGACACUAUUCUUAGGUAUUUCCUACAACCCUAAAAACUUAUAUAAAUCAAAGAAAAUCCUGAAAUGAUGGUUCAGUUUUACUCAAAAUUUCUCUGCGGCUAUACAUAAACUCUUAGUGUGUGUUUUUUGCACUCUACAGCCAGGAUGUAAACAGAUUGCUACUUGAAAAAACUGGCCCACCUUUUUCAAGUUAAACUACUGUGUUGACCAAAACAAAAACCGAUCAUGCCUUGUUUUCCUUUUAACAAGAUCAUGUGAUAUCUUUCUUUUGGAGUCCCAAGUAUGAAAAAUGAUGACUGAGAAUUGCUAGCCUCUCAGCUUUGACUUUGACUUAAUGUGGAACUCUUCAUGACUUAGCUCCUUUAAGUAGAGUCGUAGUCGAAAACUUGUAUCCUAUUGGAAACCUUGGGCCUGACAUGUUUUCCCUUUGUGUGUUUCCUCAGGAAUUCUUUCCGGUAUCGUAAUUAUCCCAGGGACCGCCGGUGGUAUUUUCCUUGGGAGUUAUCUUAUCAAGAGAGUGGAUGUAAGAAAGUCGUGUAAGAUAGCCGCCAAGUAUUGCUUCAUUUUUCAAUUCAUCGGCACCUGGGCCGUGUUAACUUUCCUCAUUCCCGGAUGUAAGACCACGUUGCUCGCUGGAAUCAGUCAUCCGUAUCCAUUCAACAACAGGUACAGAAAUAUCAUUUAAGCAUAAAAGCUGAUAGUCGCGUAAUUCUCUUGCUUAAGGGGCAGGCAUGAUUACUGUUUCAGAAUAGAUUUUGAUUUUGGCGAUAAUGAUGAUGAUGAUGAUGAUAACGAUGAUUAUGAUGCUAUGUUGACAGCAGUGGUGAUUAUGAUGGUGAAGGUGCUGUUGCUUAUGAUAAAUCAUUAUGAUGGCCAUGAUUGCUGUGAUGAUGGUGGUGGUGUUGGUGCUGAUGAUGGUGAUGACGAUGUUGAUGAUGAUGAUGAUGAUGAUGAUGAUGAUGAUGUUGAUAAGCUCAAUUAUAGUACAGUCGACCCCCGCUUAAUAAGGACACCUCAUUAUUACGGACAGUUUGCUUUGUUCCUGUGGAAAGCCACACAUUUUCUCCAAAUUCAACCCGCUCAAUACGAACACGCGUUAAUGUUGACAACGGAUACAUGUUUCUUUAACAGCAUGUCAAUGUUCCCAGUGUCACUGUAAACCGGAUUGAAUGAUAUUUUCAAGCAUCAAACUAGUUAUGCAGAGAACGGUUUUGAUUAAGCAAUACAUAGAUGAGCGAUUUUAGAGUGUUUUCGUGGAUUUAGUCCGCAAAAUGACGGAGUUGUGAAAGUUGGUGAUGUUGACGAUGCGAAUGUCCUCUUUUAUUUCUUUCGUGUUUUGUUCUAAUAAAAAGUGUGUUCUGACUUUAAUAACACGACCCGCUUAAUACGGACACUUUCUUUGGCUCCUUCAGGUUUCGUAUUAACGUAGUUUGACUGUAUCAAACAUCGGGCACUGUUAGUUAUGGAAAAGACAUUUCUAACCUACUUACAGAGCAACGUAGUGCGAUUAGGGGGUCAGAUAGUCGACCAAUCGUCGCUAGAGCCCGAUUUUAUUUAGAAUCAACUAAGCGACUUGAAUAUUUAGAAAAUCUCGCAACACACACAAAAAACUUUAGGACGUCCUAUCCUGUCCUGCGUCGUACAAGUCCUAUUAGCUACUAAGAGUUACCGAGAACUUCGGUUAAUAAUGGUUUAUGUAAUAUUUGAGGGGAGUUGUAGUUUACAAUGUGCAAAUGUCGUAUAGAGCUGUUGUUUUGGUCGUGACACGGAGCUUUUAAAGUAAAGAUUGCGUGACCAUGAAGCAAGGUGGACACGGUGUGGUGACUCUUGUUUCUAUUUACAGGACCCUAUCUGAAGUAGAUAUUUCAGCGCCAUGUAAUUCUCUUUGCCACUGCAGUGGUCGUGAUUACGAUCCCGUAUGUGGAGUAGAUAAAGUGUCGUAUUUUUCUCCGUGUCACGCUGGAUGCACGGUACAAGUCAAGGACAAAGAGAAGAUGAAGAAGACCAACUUACUCUCCAUUGAAAAGGUAGGCACAGAAGAUGAAGCAGAGUAAACGACAUCGGGAAAAGAACCAAGGCUUAAGCCGUCAUUUUUGUAGGUUAAGUCUAAUACACCGUCCAAGUAUGACUUACUGUAACCACAUACGACGUUUCGAGCGCUUCCAUUUCCACAGAACGCAUAGUCUCAGAGUUUAUCGCAGGUAACUCACGAAAUCAUGUGCACCAACAUUGGAAGGGCAAGAAGACAAAAAGUGUCCAACAAUUUUGACUGAGACUUGCAGCAAGGUCUUGUUGGAUAAAUCCAGACCCGUCCGCAGUCUAAUUGUUCCUUGUUAUCUACAAGGAUAAAAGCCUAGGGAAAUGAAAUAGGUUCCCAGGGUGCAACACGUUCUCUUCAAAUUUGCCUCAGGAGAGACUGAGAACGAGUCAGGGUUAUCGUAUCAUUGCGUGUAGUAGGAAAUUAACUGUUGGUCAGUGGACACAGGUCUCUUAACAACAUUCUGUUGCCAGUUAUCUUUGUCGGGGGCGCUAGCGGUAUGUACUGAUGAUCGAAAAGUAGCCUCCAUGCGGUACUACCCGCAAUGAGAAGAAAUCCUGUUUAGAUUAUGCAGUUUUUCUUAAGUCGACCAUAUUUCCCAACGGGCCUUGAGCAAGUUAGAAACCAUUCUUCCAUCUACGGUCGCGAAAAACUUAAACGUUGUAAAAAAAAGCUGUGAAACUUUGCGCGCUCAACCAGCAAAUAGUCUUAAAUUGCGAUUCUAAGGGGUUGCGAAAACCUGUACGGUAAAUAUUACCGUGUUAUCUGACCUCAACAUCAUUCUUCUUUCGUUUAGUUUUAAUAUUUUAAUUCAGUUGUCUUCUUUUCACAGAAUUAUGUCAACUGUCGCUGCAUCCCGUCCCCAGAGACAAGCGUUCCAUAUGGCUCUGCUAAACAGGGAACAUGUGACCGAGAUUGUAAGAACCUCAUCCCCUUUCUUUUCGGUGCUGUGGUGUUGCUGAUCUUCAACUUCAUGAAUGCCACACCCAACAAGACUGUCGUGUUAAGGUGGGUUUUUUUCUGGCCACUUCAGAAACGAGAAGGGGACUGGGCUGAGUCAACGUUCACAAAGACUUCUGGGACUGUUCCCGGGGACAGGGAGAAAAUUGGCCAAUAGCUGACCGCCGCGUCCUUAGUAACCAUCCCGGAAGUUCGUUUCUGCGAUAAAGGGCGCUUUCCAUUUGACAGAACUGGUCGGCCGGAUCAUUGCUCUACCAUUGCUCUACCAGUCAGUUUGAAAAUGAAAUAGGCUUUUUCCAAGAGUUUUUGCUGAAGGACCAUCUCCUUCGUGCAUACUAUUCAGGAUUUGACUGAUCUGGCCGGAGAGUUUUGAUUAAAAGAGAAAUUAUCACUGCGACGGGAAAGGAAAUGGAAAGCGCCCUAGUUGUAAGUGCCGGAAUUUUUUCAAGUUCUGGUGUGUUUGUUCAUGGCAGACGCAAACGUAAUACGCUUUUUUAAGCUCGUUUUGCUCUUGUUCAUCCUUUUUUUCUCUUAAGCUGCUUUAACUUACUCUCUUACUAAUGAACGCCCCACUUUACCCUAAGAUCAAAGUUGGAAUUUUCAUUUGUUGCUCUUAAUGCUACAGAAGUAGUGGCGAGAAGUUAAAGAGCAAGGUUAAGCAAAUUCGAAUUCCUCUCCCGAGAUCUUGUCGUUAAUUCUCGUGGGUCUCUCUGUCUUACGUAGCAUUGAUAUUACGAGGCGAAAGUGGAUGGAGAUCAUUCUUAGGGCUUAAAGAGUUAAACAGACACUGAAUUACGCUCUGGCAAUUUCACUACCCCUCAUUUUUAACCUUCUCGAAGGGCCUGUUGAUAUGAAGGGGGUUAGAUCUGUUUGGCAGGCUGGCCCGGCUAAUGCCUGUGUCCAGUGUAUUCCAAAAUGUUCACAUGACCAAUUCCAGCCCGGUUUCGGGCUGAUUCCUUCACAUAAAAAUACUGAUGUAAAAAUCAUCGCGUCUACCGAGCUGGGCCGUUUAGAACGCACUAAAUAAAUAUGGCGAAGUAGCUUAAGUAUGACCAUGUAGUAAAAGCUUCUGGACAGAACCUCUGUGGUGUACUGUUUCUGUUUGACUUGUCCUUCCAACAAUCAUUAGCAAGUUGUAAAUGACAGACAAACCAGAGAGCACAUGACAAUCUUUCUUGUUGGUUUUCUCACUUUCAGAUGUGUGCCAGACAAUCAGCGGACCUAUGCUUUAGGGCUGCAGUGGUUGUUUCUGUGUAUGUUUGGGUCCAUGCCGGGUCCCGUGGUGUUUGGCGCAUUCAUAGACAAGACCUGUAUUUUAUGGGAGGAGACAUGCAGUGGAAGAGGCAGUUGUCUUGAAUACAACAACGAACUGCUCAGUUACCUGUUAGUUGCAGCUGGACUCUUCUUUCAAAGUAAGACGUUUUCUUGUGUAACUGUGCUCAUUUUUAUGUUCAGUGAUGUAACGGCUAUUAGUAAACUUACGCGAAAGGUCGCCUGAUGAAGGAAGCCGGCAAACCUUGUGUUACAAGCGUGACGAUAAUUUUGUAUGAAAAAAAUGUUCCGUCAAACUUCACCUUCCUUUAAGCAGAUCGUUUUGUAAAAGACCAAAAUACGGUAGUAUUUAGUGAAGAGACGCAAGUGAUAGCCCUGUCACGUUUGUCACACAUACACACGUUUUGUCCUCCCCUUUUUGCUGCUGCCCUGUUGCGCUUGAUGUUGUGUUUGGAGAACAAAUUUUGUCCCAGUUUCCUUAGACUUUCAAAAGAGUCCUUCGUCGGAUUUCAUAUGGCGCGUCGCUCGCGGUCGGCCGCUUCGCGGCCAAACAAGGCUUGCUCCGCUCGCGAAGAGGUCGACUUGUAGCAAGUCUACAGUUUCCUUUGCAACUUUCUAACGGAAAUCUUUAGCGCCCCCAAUACCGUUCAGGGCCGACUGUAUGUAUUAUUUCUUUCUUCCCAGUUCUUUCAGCGGCUCUUUACUUCGGUUCUUGGUUCUUCUGUAAGUCAAUCGACUCAACCCCAGCGGUCCCGGAUGUAGAUCAUCCCUCCACCCCACAGUUACAACAUCGCCUAAGCCCUCCCCAGACACCAGUACCAGGCUUUGUGUUCCGCCAAGAAAAACAGGCGACUGAUCAGCAGGCUGAUCCAGAACAGGAAGCUCUUGCGCAGGCUGGUCCUGACAGCAGAAGUUCUUCCCCAGUCCCUGGUAUUGCGCGGUAUUCCAUUGAUGAUGACAGUGUUUGUCUGUCUUUCAAAACUGCUGGUGAUGAGAGUGAAAGGAGAUUUUUACCGCAAAGCGAGUCGUCGAUUUAAAGGUGACUCAAAGAUACAAAAAACGUGUGCCGUUUAUCGACUUCUUCCUUCCCUUUGAGAGAUUCGUCAAGCACCUUAGAGUGUUCUGCAAGGAAUUUUUAGAUAACCCAGGUGGAGAUAAUGCAAAUAUAGUCAUCUAUUUGUUGGUGAAUUUUAGAUAUAGCAAACUUGUAUCUUUCGUGCUUCACAUUCGUGAGGAAUUAUUUGGGUAUCUAAUGGCAUUUUACGUUAAGACGGGUCAAUAGUCGAUUUAAGGUUCGUAAGGAAUAGAGGUAAUAUGACAGCUUUUAGAUGAUAACUAGCAGCCAGGUAAACUGCUCCAUCUUUCCAUGCACUCAGGAGAUGGUUAUCCUGUGCAGGAACGUUUUGUUGUAACUGUAGCUGUUGUUAUCUUGAUUCUCAAAGGAAGAAUAGGAAAGUUACAUGUCAACGAUUGAUAUUAGAAAAAAAAUGUCGAGGUUAAGCAACGAGAAUACUGACAUCCCGGAAGUCAUGAUUAGCAACCGGAGGUUCCAUGUCCGAUGGAACGCUUCUGUCUCACACAACGAAUCUGAAUGCCUUCGUUUUAAAUCCCGCUGUACGAAUGUGUUGAGUCAGAGCACUGACAGAGAGAAAAUAUCAACUUCAGUUGCCAUUUUUGACGUCAAUGUUCCCGCUGCUUAAGGUCCCUUUUUAAAAAAAAGCCCAUUCCAUUUCAACAUUGCAGCGUUAACAUAUCCUGGCCGCAUCUUAAAUCUUAAUUAUUGUGAUCUCGCAGUAUAAAACUUUGGAAUGCUGUCCACAUUAUGAGUAGUAUAGGGCGCAUAACAUAACCUACACCACUUUAGAAGCUAUACUUAGAAGUAAAAAAGGUCGGCACGAAACCUAAUACGAUCGUAAUAUACAUAAUGAUAUGAAAUAUCAAAUUAUUAUUAUUAUUAUUAUUAUUAUUAUUAUUAUUGUUAUCAUGGUUAUUGUUGUUUUUGUUUUCUUGUUUGACUCCCUCACUGAUGCAGUACAAAAAAGGUAUCAAAUGUAAGAAUAAUUUUGACAGAGGAAUUUUUACACAUUCUCCUUUCACGUUUGAAAUGAAGAAAAACUGAAAUAAGUCAUUAUUAUAAAACAUGUAGUUUGAGGGAUACACUAUUCACUUAGGAAGCACAGAUUAUGAGCGAUAAACUCAACGAAUGUAGAUACAGCUGAACGUAGGACCGAUACUUAGUUAAAAAAUUGCUUGGGACAGAUGAAAAACUCAGUAAGUGCAUAGCAGCUUCAUUAUGAUACAAUUUUAGCAACGAUUAUGCAGCAGUACUGUUUGGAUUUGACUUUGUUCCAUUUACCAUGUAAUUAAUAUUAUAUAUUUUUGAUAUUGCUUUUCUCCGUUUUAUUUUAAUUGGUGGUCGUUUUAUAGAUUUUUUUUUGUUUUGGGGGAAUUAUAUAUAAAUAUUUUCGUUAUUUUUCAUAUAUUUAAACACCAUAGGUGUAAUUCAGCUCAAAAAAGGCUUUCACCCAGCAGCUUUUCUCAGUAUUGGGUUAUUUUUGAUGCACAUUAAGGUAUAAAAACAAAUCACUUAUUUUCACUGCAUGGGAUUUAAAUCACUAUGUCAAUAAUCCAUGAUAAGCAGUCAUGAGGUAGCUUUGAAAAAGAUAGCGUGGAAUCUAGAGAAGAUUGACAAGUAUCUGUGGGAUUGUUUUGAGAGAGUUUAUCUAGUGAAAGUUUGUCAACGCUAAUAAUAACCAAGGGAAAUAUUUUAAAGAUAGUGCUUAGGCUGAGAUUAAGGAUUAGAAUAUAUCUGAGCGAUGUCUUUGUGUUUCUGGUUUCUCAAAAUCAGCGAAAAGUCAGUAAACUAGAAGUCAGAAUAGAUCGUUUUCACAUGACGUCACAGGGACUAAUUUGUGCACAAAAUUAAACAGUGAGACGGCGGCCAUGUUUGUCUACCGAAAUAAUCCUCUGAGAAUGUAACUCUGUUCUCAUGUAGAAUCUUCCUUUUGUUUCAAGAAAUUUACCUAGCUCCUAACCACGUGAGUUAAUUCGACCUAUAAAUAGCAACUCUCUCAUUAUUUCCGCCUUUAGAAGAGGCAUUACAUACCGUUAUUAGUUCGCUGAUCUUGGCUCUUGUCCCCCAAGUGCUUGCUCGGCCACUUUCGAUCCAGGCCACCUCUCUUUUUCUAUGUGAGCGAAAUAUUGCUUUAUAAUGCAACGUUUGACCUUCUUAAUAAGUUCGUUCCUAGGGUCUCUCUUGUUUUAAUUGUCUCCUUCGUUGUACGUUUUCGAGAGCUUCUGUUUCUUGUAAGUGCUCAGUUAAGGAAAAUUCUUAAAGAGUUAAUAGUACAGAGCUGAGAACAGAAAAUUCAGAACUAAAGAGAGUCAAGUUGAUCCUUAAAAGUGCCAGAUUUGUUUAAAAGACUUCUCCCUAAUAUUCCAACCUAUCGUAACAAAUACAUCUUUCCUAUUUUCCCGCGUGGGUUUGUCUUUUAAACAAUUUGAAUUCAAAAUCCUUUCCCUAAUACACUUUUUCAGUCUAAUACUUUAAAAAAUUAGUUCUUUCAGUAAUUACGUUCAAAUUUAUUCAAGUGCAUUUAUAUUCAGUUAGUACUGUACGCUUGUAUAUAGGAUAAAAGAGAAUGUUUUUAGCAAUGACACGAGGAAGCAGACUUUUUUGACAGCCCUGUACUGCUUUGCUACUUCUCGAAAGAAGGUCGUUCUUUUGACCUAAGCCCAUUCCCAACACAAGCCCUUUUUAACACUAUAACGUAAAUUUUACAACUGGUGUUUUAGAGUGAAUUUUUCUAGAAGUAAGCAGUAAAGGUGCACCACAAGAGACUGUUUUCCUCAUUGCUCGAGUUACUUGAAGAUAGUUGAAACCACACUCUUGUCGAAGCCAAUCAGUGGUUGAUGCUAAUAAUUCUAAAAUUUGAUCAAUGUUAUACAAGAUUGUUCCGUGGAUUCGCGUUUUAGAUGUAAUCAGUCCAUGAAAACUCGACUGGUUAUUUAUUUAAAAUGUAUUCGAUGGUUAAUGAAAACUCAGUUUCACAUAUUAAUCUUGUUUUCUCCCGUCAGGGGGCUGUUGUUUACCAAUAAUCUGAAAAGUCAAAAGUGAGUUCUGAAUUAAGGUGAUUCCCUAGUAAAAGAACCUAACAUAGAUUUUAGAUGAAACUUGGUACACUGAUGCAAUAAGUCAAGAAGAUGAUAAAAAGGUAAUAAAAAGUGGGGGUCACCGUGCUCGUUUUGACGUCACAAUGCCGACAAAUACGGCUAUUUUGGACCUUUUGACAUAAACCGCGCGCAGCCCAAAACUAGACAAAAAGGAAAGAUUUUUUCAAUGAUGCAUAUGGUAUCGCACAGAAUUUGACUUUAAUGUAUUGUUUAUCCACUUACGUACUAGAAAAAUGCCUUUUAAUGCCCUUGUUUUUACUUUACGCUCCAAAGUAGAAUUAAAUUGGACACGCGCUAUUCGACACGUGAUAGCUCAAUCCGUACAAUUUAGUAAACUUGCCAAAAAACUGAACAUAGAUUUGUGCCAAUUUUUUUCUCACCGAAAGGAAGCACUGUCCUUAUUAAAAUCAUGAAAUAAAAAAUGGGGGUCACCGUACUCGUUUUUGCGGUAGAGCUGCAGAAAGUGCGCACCAAAUGCAUUUUCCUUGAUUUUUGAGAGAGGACUGGGGCGAGUUUCAAUUAGAAUGUAUGCGAAAAGGGGAAGAAAGUACUAAAAAAUCCGUUUUUACAGAAUUUACAUCGAGAUAUCACAUUUAGGACACAAUGUGAUAAAGAAAGCGUUUAAAUGAAAAUCAAAGUGAAUAAGCACAAAUUAAACAUCCACUAACGAGGUUCUCCGUGAGGAAGUCGAACUCAGCAUCACGCGUACUGCUUACGUUAUGCACAUUCCCACCACACUGAGUCUCACCUCGACAAGAAACAACCGCGAGCAAAAAUUGCGAUAGCGUUUCUCUUCGGUCAGCUUCAUUUUAGUAAUGUUACUUCACAUGCUCUUUUUUACGGAGGCCAUCUUGUUAUGCGCAGUAAGAGAUGCGCAGUGCAAAACCAGGGAAUCACCUUAAGUUCAUUUGAUCACAGACUUUUAAAGGACACAAUGAAGGCUUAGUGAAAACUAUCAACCUUUGUUUAUUAGUAAGUAAAAGUAGCGGCAAUAAAUUUAAAACAAAGUUGUUUUCGUAACU